AUGGCUAAGAAUACUUCCAGUUCUGCCUUUCGAAAAAUUGAUAUUGAUCAAUACAACGAAGAUAAUUUCAAAGAAGACGAAUCCGAACAAUCUAUACCAACUGGUCCUGAUGAGGGAGAAGUCUGUGCAUUAAAAAACACAGGUCGCUACAUUGAAGCACUUAAACAUGUUUUGAACAAUGCUCCUUUGGGGUCGUCGAAUCAGCAAAUAAAAGACAACGCACUUACCCUGACAUUGAAAGUCCUACUCGCAAUAAAGUCAGCGCAGAUUGAAGAGGCCGUUGCUACUUUAUCACAAGACGAUAUAGACAUUUUGAUGAAAUACAUUUAUAGAGGAUUUGAAUAUCCAUCAGAAGGAUCAAGCGGGCAUCUUUUGCUAUGGCACGAAAAGGCUUUCAACGUUGGCGGAUCAGGUUCUAUCGUCAGGGUCUUAUCUGACAGAAUGACAGUUUAAAUUUUUACCAAAUAAUUAUAUGCAUUAUAACUUAUUUAAUACAUUUUCCAUUACACGAGAGCCUUUUAAUACCUUUCUAAAGAUUGCGUCUGUGAUGGAUGAUAUAAUAUAAGUAUUAUUUCUACA